GGGAUAGACGUAUCUAAACACAUUUACUGGGAAAUUGUUGUUAUUUUAAUGAGAUGUCACGGGGAACUUGUUAUUCAUCGAAGCUAACUAUGUUAGCUAAUAUAGCUAACUGAACUAGCUGGCAGGUCUGUGUGGUUCUGCAACUCUGUUUCUGUGGAGCUGCUGUGAGCAAGUUCCUGAGCUUCACCUCCGAGUCCCGCUGCAGCGAGGAUGUACAGCCUGGCCCACAGACCAUGGCACGUCUUCUGCAGAAUCUCCCUGCAGCACAGGUCCUCCCUGUCCCACCGGUCCCCGAGGUUCCCCCAGCUGUGUUACGGUUGGCAGAGUGCUAGCAUCCACAGCUCGAGGCUCAGCCUUCCAGACUGCCGUGUCUCGUCUGUGGGACUGGGCAGGAUCCAGCACUACUCUACCUCUGGUGACAGUAAAAACGACCCUCCUAAAGCACAGUCAGCUGAAGCUCCUUCCACAGACAAGCUGUCAUCUGGGGAUUUGAAGGCUACACCAAGCUCAGCAGAUGCAGCGGCUCAAGGCCUGACUAAAACCGAGUCCAUUCAAGUGAAAGUUCGAGCUGUCUUGAAGAAACGGGAAUAUGGAGCCAAAUACACACAGAACAACUUCAUCACGGCUGUCAGAGCCAUGAAUGAGUUCUGCCUCAAACCGAGUGACUUGGUGCAGCUCCGAAAGAUCCGGCGGCGCAGCCCCCAUGAUGACACAGAGGCUUUCACCGUGUUCCUGCGCUCCGAUGUGGAGGCCAAAGCACUAGACGUGUGGGGAAGCCAUGAAGCGCUGGCUCGGGAGAGGAACCUCAGGAAGGAGGUGGAGCGAGAGUACCAAGAGAAUAUUUUUCGGAACCAGCAGCUGCUAAAAGAAUACAAAGACUUUUGGGGAAACACUAAGCCACGAUCAGGAAAGAGGACGACGUUUCUACAAGGACCAGGCAAGGUGGUGAUGGUCGCUAUUUGCAUCAAUGGGUUGAAUUUCUUCUUCAAGCUGCUGGCCUGGGUCUACACCGGCUCUGCCAGCAUGUUCUCUGAGGCCAUCCACUCACUGGCUGACACCUGCAACCAGGCGCUGCUCGCCUUGGGAAUCAGCCAGUCUGUGCGCAACCCGGACGCCGUGCACCCGUAUGGCUUUUCCAACAUGCGCUACAUCGCCUCCCUCAUCAGCGGGGUGGGCAUUUUUAUGAUGGGGGCGGGCCUCUCCUGGUACCACGGCAUCAUGGGAUUGCUGCACCCAGAGCCCAUAGAGUCCCUGCUAUGGGCUUAUUGUAUUCUGGCGGGCUCGCUGGUGUCUGAAGGAGCCACGUUACUAGUUGCUAUUAAUGAGAUAAAGAAGAGCGCCCGCCAGCAGGGGGUGUCGUUCUAUGAAUACGUGAUGCAGAGCAGAGACCCCAGCACAAACGUGGUGCUGCUGGAGGACGCCGCUGCCGUGUUGGGGGUCAUCCUGGCUGCAGGCUGCAUGGGGCUCACCUCCCUCACCGGAAACCCGUACUACGACAGUCUGGGUUCUCUGGGCGUGGGCACUCUGCUGGGCGCCGUCUCCGCCUUCCUCAUCUACACCAACACAGAGGCCCUGCUGGGACGCUCCAUCCAGGCGGAGCAUUUGCAGAAGCUGACGGAGUUCCUGGAGAACGACCCCGCUGUCAGGGCCAUCCAUGACGUGAAGGCCACAGACAUGGGGCUGUGCAAGGUGCGCUUCAAGGCGGAGGUGGACUUUGAUGGCCGGGUGGUGACUCGAUCGUACCUGGAAAAACAAGACAUUGACCAAAUUCUUAACGACAUUCAGCAGGUGAAAACACCUGAGGAGCUGGAGAGCUUCAUGCUGAAACACGGGGAGAACAUCAUUGACACACUGGGAGCCGAGGUGGAUCGCUUGGAGAAAGAACUGAAGCAACGGAACCCGGAGGUCCGUCAUGUGGACUUGGAGAUCCUAUAACCCCUCUGAGGACACGCCUCGCUGCACUGAGAGGAACGUUCAAAGUUGAAGGCACAGCUCCUCGGCCCUCCACCUGCAACCCCCAUCGAGUCUUACUGUGUAGUAACCCAGAGGUGGGCUGUGUUUGAACUGUCGUAGACGCCGUGAGCUCCCGCUGCCAGAGAUCCACUUCCACCUCCCGCCGGCGCCGUUCGCCCGAGCUGGCAUUCCUCCAUCCUGGAUGAGGUCACAUCAGAAAGCCCAGAACAGGACCAGUGUCGCUUACAGGACUUGAAUGUCGUGCUUGAACCACAGCGGUCGUGUUUCCUCCUCUAGUGCAGAGGGAACCCAAGCGUCUCCUAUUUAAACCAAACUUAUUUAAUAGCUAGAAGAUAUGAAAUUCUGUUUUGUUUUUCUUUUAAUAUAAAACACUUCCUAAAGAGGGCUGGAUUAUUCAUGUUCUCUGAAAAAAGACUGAGUAGUUUUCUUUUUUUUUGGUUGAGUUUUAAUAGAUUUUUUGUUUAUUUGAGGGGCUGAAGCUGCAAGCACUUGAAAAGCACUGGUUUAGUUUAAAUAUGUCACAUUUUUUAUUAAAUAACCUCAGAUUCUACUCAUUAGUAAAGUAUUAAAUCUGUGGAGGGAGAUAAAUUACAAUAUUUUUCAUUUGUCACAAUAUGAAAGGAAUAGUUAGCAUCACUUCCAUCCAUUCAGCAAAUCAUUUGGUGUUUUUUUCUCUAUAAGUUAUGGUCUUAAGGUAAACAAACACCAUCAUUUCAGAUGUUCAGAAAUGUCGUACUGGGUCUAAAUGUGGUGAUUUCUCCCCAUCUCUGCUGAAUAUUGCAUAUGAAAGACGUUUUUUAACGUUUGUCGUCACAACCCAACACUGGAAGAUGCUUUGGGAAGGGGGGUGGGCUGCUCUGCUGGGACAGUUCACAUGUAUGCUUGAAGGUGUUAAUCGAGCUGAAGGACUUGGAAUAAAUUUGAAGUAAAUGGUUUCAUCGUGA